AGACCGAGAUAAGACAUCCUCCACGGCUGAGCUCGCUGGUCUCUGCACCAUGAGAAACAGAUAUCUAAGGUUUCUGCCAGGACUCUUGGUGCUGCUGCUGCUGCCAUGGGGACCUGCAGCCCAGAGCACGACAGCCUGUGCUCGGUGGUGCCCUCCAAACUCCUCAUGUGUCAACAGCACUGCCUGCCGCUGCCUUCCGGGAUUCAGUGCUUCAUCUGGGGAGGUCUUCACCAGCCCCUCGGACAGUUGUGAUGAUAUCAAUGAGUGUAGACCACCCGUGGCCGUGUCCUGUGGAAAGUCUGCAGACUGCCAGAACACGGAAGGGGGCUACCACUGCACCUGCAUCCCAGGAUAUGAGCUUGCUUCUGGGGCACCAACGUUCAGGAAAGAGAGUGAGAACACCUGUCAAGACAUGGACGAAUGUCAGCAGAAACUGAGAAUCUGUAAAAGCCACAGCAUCUGUAUCAAUACCCAGGGCAGCUACACCUGCCAGUGCCUACCUGGCUUCAAGCUCAACCCAAGGGACCCGAAGCUGUGCACAGAUGUGAAUGAAUGUACCGCGGGGUCAAACCCAUGUCACAACUCCACCCAUUGCUUCAACCUCGUGGGCAGAUAUGAAUGCCGCUGUCGCCCUGGCUGGAAACCGAUUCCUGGGUCCCCCAGCAGCCCAAAAGACAUCGUCUGCGAAGAUAAGGACGAGUGCAGCUCCGGGGAGCAUCAUUGUCACAACUCCACCAUCUGCACCAACACUGUGGGUUCAUAUGUGUGCCAUUGCCGCCGAGGCUGGGUGCCCAAACUCGGAUUCCAGAAUAAGCAAAAUACCACCGUCUGCGAAGAGGUCUCCUUCCCCACCUGGAUGCCACCCCCUGGAAUCAAGAGCCAGAGGCUCUCCCGCUUCUUUCACAGACUCCAGGAUCUGCGUGGGAACCUCAGUUCUGUCUCUGUUCAGAGCACUAUCCAGGACCUCGUACAGGAGGUUGGUGAUCUGCUGGAGGGGCCCCAGGACCUGGAAAACCUGUCCCAAUCAGAGCAGCAGUUUGUGGCCACUAAUCUGCUCCUGGGCCUGGAGAAUACCCUGGGAUGGCUGGGCAAGGCCCUGCCCAUUGGGGCAGUGACUUUUAGUUCAUCUGCCGGCACAGUACUGUCCCUGGAGGUGCAGGAGCAAGGAUACGAGAAUAUCACCUUGAUUCAGAAUCAGACAAAGAUGCUGCUCACCUGGGAUACAGUGCAUGAAUCUGGUGACUCAGGCCCUACUGUGGUGGGCCUUCUGUCCACUCCAGGGAUGGGAAGGUUUCUGGCUAAGGCCCCUCUGGUCCUGGAUACUGUGGAACAGGCAGCUUUGCAUGAGACACACAAAGGUGUGCUACAGGAACUCUAUCAUGAUCUGCUAUCAGAUGUCAUCUCUGCCUUUAUCAGCAACAAGGACCCUCAGAACCUCAGGCAUCCGGUCACCUUUAUCUUCCAACAUUCAGUCAUCCCUGGUCCAAGAGAGAAAGUGUUCUGCGUCUUCUGGGAGCAUGGCCAGAAUGGAAGUGGUCAUUGGGCCACCAGUGGCUGCAGGAUGGUGGGCACCAAAGACAACAGCACCAUCUGCCAGUGCACCCACCUCAGCAGCUUUGCCAUCCUCAUGGCUCACUACGAAGUACAGAAGGAUUCUGCACUGACUGUGAUCAGCUACGUGGGGCUGAGCCUCUCUCUUCUGUGCCUUCUCCUGGCGGCACUCACCUUCCUGUUCUGCAAAGCCAUUCACAAUACAAGCACCUCACUCCACCUGCAGCUCUCCAUCUGCCUCUUCCUGGCCCACUUGCUCUUCCUAACAGCCAUCGACAGAACUGAGAUCAAGGUGCUGUGUAGCAUCAUCGCAGGUGCCUUACACUAUCUCUACCUGGCCUCCUUCACCUGGAUGCUGCUGGAGGGCCUGCACCUCUUCCUCACUGCACGCAACCUGAUGGUGGUCAACUACUCCAGUGUGAACAAGUUCAUGAAGAAGCUCAUGUUCCCUGUGGGCUAUGGAGUCCCGGCUGUGAUUGUGACCAUAUCUGCAGCAUCCCGGCCUCAUCUUUAUGGAACACCCACCAGCUGCUGGCUCAACUCAGAAAAGGGAUUUAAAUGGAGUUUCCUUGGACCAGUCUGUUCCAUCUUCUUGGUCAAUUUAGCUUUCUUUCUGAUGACCCUCUGGAUUUUGAAAAGCAAACUCUCUUCCCUCAACAGUGAUGUGUCCACCCUCCAGAACACAAGGAUGCUGACAUUUAAAGCCACAGCUCAGCUCUUCAUCCUGGGAUGCACAUGGUGUCUGGGAAUCCUGCAGGUGGGACCAGCUGCCCACGUCAUGGCCUACCUCUUCACCAUCAUCAACAGCCUGCAGGGCAUCUUCAUCUUCCUGGUGUAUUGCCUCCUCAGCCGACAGGUCUGGGAGCAAUAUGGGAAAUGGUUCAAAGGGAUUGAUAUAACCAAAUCCAAGUCUGAGAAGUACACACUAUCCAGCAAGACCACGUCUGAUGCCUGCAAAUAUAGUGCUGUAAGAUCCCACAUUACUGACACAGCAUGUCACUAACUGAUCCACUUGUGCAGCACAUGCUUUACCACUGGACAACUAGGUUAAUUAAAAAAUCUUUUGAAGUAUAUCCUCUACUUCCAUGGACGAUCUGAAGUAUUAUUCUUUGAGCCAUUGAGAGAGGAUAAAAAAGACUUUGUCAUGUGUAUUUGCAGAAAUCCAUUGUGUCAGCAUGUGAAAGAAGUUGUGGUGGACAUGUUUGAUCCUCAAUUCCUGCAAAAUUUGGAAUUUUUUUGUGCCCCACAGUGCAUUUGGAAAACUAUCAGCAGAUCAAGGGCUAGCUGUGGCCCAGUGCCUCAGCCACGUUGGUUAAAACCCUUUUCUGAAGGCUCUCCUUCCUACAAAGACUCUGAAAGGUGCUGAAGGUCUAUCAUCAGGAAAACCAGCCUCAAGAGAUAUUCAUACAAACAACAUCCAAAAGAAUGAGGAUGUUCACACCACAGUCUGGAUUUCUUAAUUGUUUUGUUCUGUUUUCUAUGGGUUUAUUUAGUCACUCAGUCAUAAAUAUUUAUUACUCACCAUGUCCAAGGCAGAGAUCAAGAAACACACAGGUCCUGCCUUCAUGGAGCUCUCAGGGGGAGGUAAAGUAAUUUUGUGCAGUUAGAGUUGAUUUAGAAGCUAAAAGAGUCCUUUAAGUCAUGUCUCUAUAGCUGUGUAGUUGAAGUAUAAACCAUUUGACACCAUCUUCUUUCAUCCUCACACCAAGUUUCACAAAGUUUGAAAACUCAGAUCAUGACAUGCAUAUUUUGGAUUUUGUGGGCCAGUGUUCAGUCUGGGUUCUCUAGAGAAAUAGAACUGAUAGGAUACACACACACACACGAAGAUUUAUUAUGAGAUACUGACUCACAUGAUAGUGGACACUGAGAAGUCCCACAGUCUUGCCAUCUCCAAGCUGGAGACCCAGGAAAACCAGUGGUACAGUUGGAAGACCUGAGAACCAGACUGCUGAUGAUAUGGACUCCAAUUUGGGUCUGAAGACUUGAGAACCGUGAGUGUGGAGAGCAGAAGAUUGAUAUCCCUGCUCAAAUAGGCUGAGUUAAUUUAACUGGCUUCCACAUUUUUAUUCUAUUCAGAGUCUCAAUGGAUUGGGUGAUGCUCAUCCACACUGGAGAGGACCAUCAGCUCUACUUGGUCCAUCAGUUCAAAUGCUGAUCACUCUGGAGACAGCCUCACAGAUACACUCAGAACCCAUGGUUGAUCAGUUGGCUGGGUAUCCUAUGGCCCAGUCAAUUUGACACACAAAACUAACCAUCACUGCCAGAUAAGUAUAGAAACAUCCCAGAUCUGCCAUUGUAGCAUGAAAACUGCUAUAGACACUCAUAAGUGAAUGAUCAUGACUUUUUUUUUUGGUCUUUUAGGGCUGCACCUAUGGCAUAUGGAGGUUCAAGGCUAGCAGUCAAAUAGGAGCUGUAGCUGC